UCGUAUGUCAAUAUCCUAACUUAACCUAACCUAACCCAAUCCUAAUCCGACCUGCCUCCCUGCCUGCUCGGAGUUGCACCGAUCAGCUGAUUCGCAGAAUGCAACUGAUCAUUGACGUUUGUAGUUGUUGCGGGUCGAGAAUUUAUAUUAUGGAUUUCGGAAUUGUCUCAUCAUUGCCAAACGAGACAGCCGAUACUUCAUAGUCACGGUGGUCACAUUUCUCACGGAAAUAUCAUCGAAGGCUGAAGAUUAUAAUGCAAACGGAGACGAAGCGCGAGAAGCGUAAUUAAAGUCGACAGACUCGGUCUUCUUUUGAUAUUUAUUCUAUAUUUUUGAAUUACAUCUACACGCGUAUGCAAUUUAUAUCGCAAUUCCGAGAUCGAAGGUGUUCCAGUUACAUCACUGGCCGUGCGAAUCUGUAAAGAGUCUGUCAGGGGGAUUGCAGAAGCGUGAAGAAUUCAUCAAGUGCGGAUGUUAAAAUCUUGAAAAUUAUAAUAGUUUCUGACGAAACUAACCAGAUUAAUAGGUUGGAGAUCUGAGAAAGAAUCGGAAAGCGAAUUAUUACUAGCCGUGCUACCUUCGAGUGAGAAGAGGUUUGGUUGUACGAAUUUGCGAGGAGAAAUUUGACAGACGUGCUCUCGUGGUUUCUUCCCACGGCGCUCCCAAAACUGACUCAUGACAUAUUUGCGACUCGAUUUCAUGCCUAAACUCCAGUCGAUCAUGCGGCGGAGGUUCAUCGCCCGGGCAAACGUCCUCGCGUUCCUGUUCGCGGUAGUCUUUGUCUUCCUGUGCCUGCGCUACUUGCCCGAGCGGGAAUGUCAAUCGAAUCGACAGACUCCAGGAAGCAAGCUCAAGCACCGGUUGAUUGCCCUGAUUCUAAGCAGCCCGGACAACCUGGAACGCCGUAACACCAUCAGGAAGACCUGGCUGGCCGAGCACGAUGCCACGGUGAAGCACUUCUUUGUCAUCGGCACCCAGGACAUCCUACCCGAACAGAGGAAUACUCUGCAAUCAGAGAAACAGAAGUUCGAUGAUCUGUUACUGUUGCCCAGACUGCAAGACUCUUACAGCAUGCUAACGAAGAAGGUUCUCCAUACCCUGAAAGCCGUCCACGAGCAUUACGACUUUGACUACCUGCUGAAAUGCGACGAUGACUCAUAUGUGCUGGUGCAUAAGAUCCUGAAGGAGCUCGACAAGUGGCAGAGCAAAGGCACUAAGCGAGAACUCUAUUGGGGCUUCUUCAAUGGACGAGCACAAGUGAAGAGGAGCGGUCCCUGGAAGGAAACCGAUUGGAUCCUGUGUGAUUAUUAUCUUCCUUAUGCCGUAGGUGGCGGAUACGUUCUGUCUUACAAUCUCGUCGAGUUUAUUGCUAAGAAUGCAGACAUUCUUAAAUUACACAAUUCCGAAGAUGUCUCCGUCGGCCUCUGGCUUGCACCACUGGCGAACAUUGAGAGGAAGCACGACGUACGCUUCGAUACGGAAUACAGAUCACGUGGUUGUUCCAAUCAGUAUAUAAUUACGCACAAACUUACGGUCCAGAAUAUGCUGAGUAUGCACGACUAUUACCAGGCCUCCUUAGGCGCACUGUGUCCUAAAGAAUUUAGGAAUCGCAUGAGUUAUCAGUAUAAUUGGACCGUACCACCCAGUCAGUGCUGCAACAGACAAUCCGGUAUCCCUUAAUCUCUUCCCGACAAGGAGAUUUCUGCAACGUUCUAGUCGCGUUUUUAAUAUUUGCUCAGAAAACAUGUUUAUCUCAUAUACAUUUGUAACGGCUUCUACAAUAUUUAUAAACCUUCUAUUUAUGUUCUGACUUAUAUCUUCAUUAGGAUAUAUUGAUACAAAAUGCUAUAAAAAUAUAGCCUUAAAAAAUAUUUUUAAGAAUAAGCAAUUCAAACAAUAUUAUUGAAGAAAGUUGCGAAAGUUUGUAGCGAACAGACUUCGCGACAUUUCGUCGAAAGAAUUGAAGCAACUUCAAAUCUGGAUUUUAUUCAUUACUCGAGCAUAAUUGUACGAUAGCGCUAUUAAGUAAUUAAUUGAAAACGUUUGUAAAUAUAUUUUGUAAAUAUUUAGCAAUGAAAAGGUAGACAUAGAAAGUAGACAAAAUAAGUUUCGAUGAACUAAAUAUAUUUUUUUUAAUCAUAUUGCCAUACUUCGUUUAUAAUACAUUUUUCAUCAUCAACAGGAGUUUACUUCAUGUGUAUAAAGCGUUGUUUCUUAACAUGUAAAAACAAUAACGUUAAUUUAAUAUACUAAUUAAAAUUGUAAGUCGAUAAAUAUAAUAGUCUCAUCGAGUGAAAUCACAGAUAUAUUCAAGAAACAGCCAUCGAAAAUGUAAAGCGCGAUUUGCAUUAUCAAUAAUAAGUUACUAUUUUAAUAUAUAAUAUAUAAAGAGAAUGUGUUGUGAAGCGAUAGCGAGACGAUGGCCGAUUCUCAAAACGUUUUCCAUCUGUGAUGGGUUUACAUUCGAACUGCGCUUCCAUUACAUCUAAAAUUAAUAAUAAAAAUUCAUCUAUGAUAUUUGAAUCAAUAAUAAAAUGUCAUUUAUGUAU